AGUUGUAAAAUAGGCUUCCGCGAGUGAGUUCGUAAGUUCAAAAUAUGUUUAACAUAAAAUACUUAUAUGCAAUAAUUUGUACUCUUCUUAUUGCUGAAGUACUAGAAGCAAAAUUUUAUUCUAAAGCGAUUGCACAAACUCGCUUGAUAUCAGAUCUAUUAACUGAUUACGACUCAGGAGCUAGACCUGCACCUAAAGAUACACGCAUAGAUGUUUGUGUGAAUCUUACAUUGCAGCACUUUGAUUUUCGAGAACAAGAUGGCGCAUUUAAUUUUCUGGGACGCUUAGAUAUGAAAUGGCAUGAUCAAAAAUUAAAAUGGGAUCCAAAGGAUUACAAUUACCUAACACAAGUGCCUGUUAAGCAAGCCGCCAUUUGGGUGCCCGAUUUGGAAAUAUAUAACAACGUACCAGAUAAAUUUUUGCGCUUACAUGAGAAUGGCAUGAUUAUACUCGAAAAUACAGGAGAUGUAUUUUGGUCAAGUAACAUUGAAAUGGUUGCUUAUUGUAGUACAAAUAUGCGUGAUUGGCCGCAUGACAAGCAUUUCUGUAAAUUGAGUUUAGGUUCUUGGACAUAUCAUGGCUUAGAGGUGGAUGUUAUACAUAGCAAACCAAAUGCAAGCAUGAAAUUUGAGAGUUUCGAGGGAAAACAAAAUAUGCAAUAUAAAGUAACAGAUUUUCACGCAGAACACGUUUCUACCGUUUAUGCUUGCUGCACUGAACCCUACAUUACGAUGGACUAUCACAUAACAUUUGAACGGCAAGCCUCAUUUGCUAUUGUGUUCCGUAUGCCUGCCAUCUGCAUAAUUAUAUUGACGCUACUGUCAUUAAGCAUGGAACCAUGGCGUAGUGAAAAAAUUUGGUUAAAUGGUGUCAGCUUUAUCAUCAUUACUUUUAAUUUAAUUUAUUUCGCAUUUAAAGUCGGAAAAUUUGCACGCCGCACACCGUUAAUUGUGGUAUUUUACAGUUGGAGUUUAGUGCUAGUUACAUUGGCUUCUUUAAUUUCUGUAUUUACUUUAUUCGCAACACGUUCUCGUCUCAGGCCAAGGAUGCCUAGACGCAUUGUGGCUCUACUCAAAAUGCCUUUAAUUCAGUUGAUGAUACCUAAAAAUUGGAGCUAUGAAAAACAUGAACACACCACGGAAGUUGAUGCACAACACUUUGAAGAUGUUAAAUUGCAGGAGUCCAGCAAUUUAAUCAACGACGACAAUGCACCUUAUCAGUGGAUACAGUUGGCCAUUAUUGUAGAGCGUUUCACUUUAGUUGUGUUCGCUUUAAUAUUUUUAAUUUUAGGCUCAACAUGUUUUGUUUAAAUUAAAAAUAUAUUUGUAUUAUGAGAAUUAUUUCAAAGCAAUAUAAACCACAUAAAUAAAUAAACUA